AUGUGGUCGGUCGGCUGGCUCCCCGUGCUCACACAGCUGCUGCUGCUGCAGUUCCUGGUGGCUCAGCCCGUGAGCCCCAUCAGGGUGUUCGUGGUGCCCCACAGUCACAUGGAUGUGGGCUGGAUCUACACGGUGCAGGAGAGCCUGCGGGCCUAUGCUGCCAACGUCUAUACCACGGUGGUGGAGCAGCUGAUGCUCCAGAAGCAGCGCAGGUUCAUCGCCGUGGAGCAGGAGUACUUCCGGCUGUGGUGGGAUGGCAUCGCCUCCUACAGGCAGAAACGCCAGGUCCGCCAUCUCCUGACCACAAGACGCCUGGAGUUUGUCAUCGGGGGCCAGGUCAUGCAUGAUGAGACCGUGGCCCACUUUGAUGACCAGAUCCUACAGCUCACAGAAGGACACGGUUUCCUGUACGAAACCUUUGGGAUCCGGCCGAGGUUCUCCUGGCAAAUCGACUCCUUUGGUGCAUCUGCCACGACCCCCACCCUAUUUGCCCUGGCAGGCUUCCAUGCCCACGUCAUCUCCCGCAUCGACUAUGCCCUGAAGGACACCAUGCAGAACUCACAGGGGCUGCAGUUUGUGUGGCGAGGGUCCCCAUCCCUGUCAGCUCAGCAGGAAAUCUUCACGCAUGUCUUGGACCAGUACAACUACUGCUCGGAAGGCUUUAACUGGGACGGGACUGCUGUCUUCCCGAACUCACCGCCAGACAGGGUAUUUCACCCGAAGUCUGUACCCAUCACUUGGAACAAUAUCAAUUACUAUGUCAGUCUCCUUGUGGACAAUGUGAAGGCGCGGGCCACCUGGUUCCGGACACCGCACCUCCUCUGGCCCUGGGGCUGUGACAAGCAGUUCUUCAACGCGUCGCUGCAGUUCUCCAACAUGGACCCGCUGCUGGACUUCAUCAACAGUAACUCGCCCAAGCUCGGCAUCUCCGUGGAGUACGCCACGCUGGCCGACUACUUCGCGGCGGUGCAGGCUCACAACGUCUCGUGGCGCGUCCACACCCACGGGGACUUCCUGCCCUAUUCCUCCGAUCCAUUUCAGGCCUGGACGGGCUUCUACGCCUCCCGCAGUGGGCUCAAGGCGCUGGUGAGGCGAGCCAGUGCUCUGUUGUAUGCCGGGGAGUCCAUGUUCACACGCUACAUGUGGCCUGCCCCCCACCAGCACCUGGACCCGGCCUGGGCCCUGAAGCAGCUCCAGAGGCUCCGCUGGGCAGUCUCCGAGGUCCAGCACCAUGAUGCCAUCACUGGGACCCAGAGCCCCAAGGUGAGAGACAUGUACCAGGAGAAUCUGAGCUCAGGGAUGCAGGGUGUGCAGGAACUGAUGGCCUCCAUCGUCCGUGACAAGACCCCAGCCCACUCGGACCAGGAACCUGUGGGAUACUCUGCCGUGGUCUACAACCCCCUGGCCUGGACGGUCACCACCAUUGUUACCCUGACUGUGGGCUUCUCCAGGGUCAGCGUCACAGAUGAGUCAGGCCAGCAAGUGACUGCACAGAUCCAGGAAUCAAAGAAGACACAAUCUACAUAUGACCUGCAUGUGCUGACCACAAUCCCAGGGCUCAGUUACCGAUACUACAGCAUCAGGAGCACCGAGGGGACCCAGGAGGAGACGAACCAAUUGGGUGCCAGUCUGGCCAGAACCUCCAACUUUGGCCGCAAGAAAAAGACACCUGCUGGUCCAAGGGACAGGCACCUGAUUCAUGUGGAGAAUGACUGUUAUACUGUGUUCCUGGACCUGGACACUAACCUACUGCACAGCAUCUGGGAGAGAGGGAGUAACCGCACAGUGCAGGUGACCCAGGAGUUCAUGGAAUACCAUGCCAAUGCUGAUUUGAAAUAUGGCUUUGUAUCUGAUAAUUUUGUGUUUAUGCCCAUCGACUCUGCAAAGCGCCCAUGGAACAGUGUGGGAAUGCAGAUUGUGGCGGGAAAGCUCAUGACUGAGAUCCGGCAAUUCUUCUACAGGAAGGUGGGGGACAGGAAUCACACAUAUGCCAUCUACUCCCGGCUCGCCCACGUGCCCCUGGCCCAGGGAGCGGAGCUGCUGUGCCGGCGCAUCGAGCAGGAGUACCGGGUGGGCCCCUUGGAGCUGAACCGUGAGGCCAUCCUGAGGACCAGCACCAGUCUCCACAACCAGCAGGUCCUCCACUCAGACAACAACGGCUACCAGAUGCAGCGGAGAGUCUUCCAGAAAUACUCGAGCAAUGGCAUCGCCCGGAAUUACUAUCCCAUGGCUCAGUCCGCCUUCAUUGAGGACGGCAGAAGCAGGCUGGUGCUGCUGUCCAAGCAGGCACACGGCGUGUCCAGCCAAGAGAACGGGCAGGUGGAGGUCAUGCUCCAUCGCCGGCUUUGGAACAAUUUUGAUUGGGCUCUGGAUUAUGAUCUCACCCUGAAUGACACCUCCACUGUCUACCCUGUGCUCUGGCUCCUGCUGGGACCCCAGUCUCUCACCACCCGCCUGCGUCAGAGGUGUGGGCUAGCGCUGCAGCACCCACCCGUAGUGCUAUUAAGAGAGCUGAAUGAGUCUGCCCAGAUUGUUCCAGGCCCCCAGCGGCAGCAAGAAGCUGUGACCCUGCCCCCAGGUCUUCACCUGCAGAUCCUGAGCAUCCCGGGCUGGAACUACAGCUCCAACCACACGGAGCACCUGCAGGAUCUCCAGAAACGCCAUCGAGGGAAGGCCAAGGCUGACCUUCGCCGUGUCCUCCUGCGGCUCCACCACCUGUAUGAGGAAGGCGAGGACCCGGUCCUGUCUCAGCCAGUGAGGGUCAAUCUGCAGGCUGUGCUGCAGGGGCUGGGGUCCGUGGGGGCGGUGGAGGAACGCUCACUGACAGGGACCUGGGAUGUGAACACACUACACCGCUGGAGCUGGAGGACACAGGAGCCUCCCCACCACAGAGGCAGCUCCAGAUCUCACUCAACACCCCUGCAAGGCACCAAGGUCACCAUCUACCCGAAGGAAAUCCGGACAUUUUUCAUCCACUUUCAGCCCCAGUGGAGGCUCAACAGCAGGGAGGCCGAGGCCCCCUGCUCAGCAGCUCAGGAGCCAGCCCUCCUCGAGAGGCCUGUAGGGGAGGGGGACAUGGCCCCCUCAGCCAGGCCCUCAGGGGCAGCGCUGUUCAUGGGGCUGUCACUGGCGGGGACCUGA